AUGGGCGCCGCGGGCUCGUCCGCGCUGGCCCGCCUGGGCCUCCCCGCGCCGCAGCCCCGGCCCCGCUGGCUCGGGGUCGCCGCGCUGGGACUGGCCGCGGUGGCGCUGGGGGCCGUGGCCUGGCGCCGCGCGCGGCCCAGGCGGCGCCGGCGGCUGCAGCAGGUGGGCACCGUGGCAGAGCUCUGGAUCUACCCCGUCAAGUCCUGCAAGGGGGUGUCGGUGAAGGCGGCGGAGUGCACGGCCCUGGGGCUGCGCAGCGGUCACCUGCGGGACAGGUUUUGGCUUGUGAUCAACAAGGAGGGGAAUAUGGUUACUGCUCGACAGGAACCCCGCCUGGUCCUGAUUUCCCUGACCUGUGAGGGUGACACCCUGACCCUCAGUGCAGCCUACACGAAGGACCUGCGGCUGCCCAUCAAGACACCCACCACAAAUGCAGUGCACAAGUGCAGUCUGUGCCCAAUGCACAGGGAGGCCAAGCGAUACCGAAACGUCGGAGUUUGGAGCAGAGAAAGCUUUACUGCAGGGCCGUGCAAGGAGACGGGUGGCUCAUGCCUUAAAAAGCCCUGAACUCCCUGAAAGCUUUCAGCAAAGCCCCUUUCUAGGAAAGGUGAGGGAGGGCGUGGUUAGUUGUUGCAAACUUCUUGGGGUCACAUCCUUUGUUCUUGAGGUCAGGUCACGGUCAGGUCGUGAUGUUCCUAUAAACCUCCACCAA